UUAAUAUUUAAUUAUCUAUAUUUUAGCCUAGCUAUAGGAGGAAAUCUUGACCAUUAAGAGUUUUUAAAAAAUUGAUCAUAUUUUUAAAUCUGACUCCCAAGCUAUGAAACGAUUAGACAAAAUGCUAGAACUCACUGGGGUCCAGGGGCGGACUGACCAUUUGGAAACUCGGGCACUGCCCGAGGGACCGGGAUGCCCCUGGUACCUUUUUCAUAGGCUUUUUUGAGUUUGAGCAAGGACACAGGGGCCCCAUGAUCCCCUAUUGCCCGGGGG